AUGCGAUCAGGGCAGAAUUACCCUCAUCUCCUCGCGCAGCAGCUGAACGCUGAGCUCACCGACCUAACUGUUUCCGGGGCAACUCUUCUUAACAUAACAGUCGACCCACAAACGGUCCUGUUCUCCAAAGAAACCUUCCCGGUCCAAAUCUCCAAUCUGCCGGAAGAUGCGGAUAUAAUCACCAUUACUGCCGGUGGCAACGACAUCAACUAUAUCGGUGGCAUGCUUUACGAUGCUUGGGUUGCGACAUUACCGGGAGCAAUCCUCAAUACCAUUAUCCAAGGUGUAAGGACGUUAACAUCGGCUGUUUCUUCCCAACCACCAGCGCAAACGUCUGACCCGUUAUCCCCAAGUGAGAUGGCUGUAAGACUAGGCGGGGUCCUUGAUGAGAUACACAAACGAGCCCCAAGAGCUCGUAUUUUUGUCGUCGAAUAUCUCGCUGUUCUAGGACCUGAUACACGACCUGGUCAGGAUAUUCCCUUCAAUCAAGAGAAACUAGAACAUCAUCGCGGAGUUGCCUCUGCACUGCAACAAGCAUAUGCAGUUGCAGCGGAAGCCUGGGACAUGCACUUGGCAGCAAAGAACCAUGGGUUGGAGGAUUUGACCUUGCAUCAGUGGUUCGACGCGGCCCCAUCUUUCACCCGAAUCUCGAUGGCAUGA